AGGGGCGUGGCCGGGGGCGGGCGCCUGGCAGGAAGGAGGAAGGCCGGAGUGGAAGGCGCCCUCACACAGCAGUUGGCCGACGGCGUUUCCCCGCAAUGGCCGCGCGCUGUCGGGGCACAGAGCUCGCCACAUGACCUCUCGGUGGCCGUUCCUGCAGCUACUGCUGCUGCCGUUCUUGGGUUUGCUCUUUAGACCUUCCUCUUCCUCACCUGGCUGGUGCCGUGUGUCUGGUUUCAGUCUGCAUGUCUCGCCCCUGUUGGCUUAACGUGACUGGACACAAUCUUAGCUGGAUCUCCAAAGUUCAGGUGAAUCACGCGGCCGUUCUGAGGCGGGCUCAGCAGAUCCAGGCCCGCCGAAGCGUGAAGAAGGAAUGGCAGGCUGCGUGGCUCCUGAAAGCUGUUACGUUCAUAGACCUUACCACACUUUCCGGGGAUGACACGUUUUCCAACGUUCAACGGCUCUGUUACAAAGCCAAAUAUCCGAUCCGGGCGGACCUCUUAAAAGCUUUAAAUAUGCACGACCAGGGCAUCACCACGGCUGCCGUCUGUGUUUACCCUGCCCGCGUGUGCGAUGCUGUGAAGGCGCUGAAGGCCGCAGGCUGCAGUAUCCCCGUGGCGUCAGUGGCCACUGGCUUUCCGGCUGGACAGACUCAUUUAAAGACACGAUUGGAAGAGGUCAGAUUGGCCGUGGAGGACGGAGCUACUGAAAUCGACGUGGUCAUUAACAGGACCUUGGUGCUGACUGGCCAGUGGAAAGCCCUCUACGAUGAGAUCAGUGAGUUUCGAAAGGCCUGUGGUGAGGUUCAUCUCAAAACCAUCCUAGCUACCGGAGAACUCGGCUCCCUCACCAACGUCUACAAAGCCAGUCUGGUAGCAAUGAUGGCAGGAUCAGACUUUAUUAAGACCUCUACUGGAAAAGAGACGGUGAAUGCCACCUUCCCGGUAGCCAUCGUGAUGCUGCGGGCCAUUAGAGAUUUCUUCUGGAAAACUGGAAACAAGGUCGGCUUUAAGCCUGCAGGAGGCAUCCGCACCGCAAAGGAGUCCCUUGCGUGGCUCUCUCUGGUGAAGGAGGAACUGGGGGACGAGUGGCUGACGCCUGAGCUGUUCCGCAUCGGGGCCAGCUCUCUGCUUUCGGACAUCGAGAGGCAGAUUUACCAUCACGUGACCGGACGAUACGCAGCUUAUCAUGAUCUCCCGAUGUCUUAGGUCAGCAGCCGGCCCAGAAAAGCAACUUGCAACAAUUUUUUAAAAAUAUUUUUGCAUAAUUGCUAAGGUUUAAGAAUAGGUAACUGACUUUUUCCUCAUUAAAAAUCUCCACUGAAAUUAACUCGAAAGAAUAAAGGAAACAAACCAACUGAA